UCCACGUUUCUGUUUUUCCCGUUGUUUUUCCGUCACUGUUUAUUUAUGUCGUUCUUAAACAUCGACUUGAUGGAUGGUUGUUCUUAUCGCUCCUAGCUCCUAGCAAGCAGCAGCACACGAUCUAUCUCAAUCAUAUCAAAUUCUAUUUCCAUUUUAUCUCCAUGUUGACAGUAGGAACAUAGUGUGAUAAUUCAAAGAAUUAGCAGGUGAGCCGACAACCACCCAUCCCGGUGGAAGAUGGCUGGACAUCCUCGCAUCAGCGACAAAUAUCAUUAUCUUAAUCCAAAUUUAAAAACCAAUUCACAUACCAUCUUGCUUGUACAAGUUCAGUCGAGCCCAGAUACUCGAACAUAUUCAGAUUAUGAUAGUCUUGGUGAAUGUCUAGAAGGUGUUUGUAAAAUUUACGAGGAGCAUUUGAAGCGGAAAAACCCAAACUCUCCCACUGUGAUUUAUGAUAUUAACCAAUUAUUUGACUUCAUCGAUCGCUUAAAUGACAUCAACUGCCUGGUAUUUCAGAAAAGCACAAAAACCUACAUCCCUCACAAUCAAAGCUGGUUAAAGGAGCGUAUCUAUCAUAUGUUGAGAAAACAAGCUGGAAAAUAAGGAAAAAGUGGACGUACAUAGACGGCUGGAUAGAGAGUGGAGAGAAAAAAAAGGAAUUGUUUUUUCUCAUGCACACGCCGCUUACUUUGGCAGGACACUAAUAUUUAUGCAGUGGUGACUUCAACAUUAUUAUUGCAGCACAAAAUUCUGCACUGAGCUUUCUUCUUUCAUUCCAAAGAAACAUUGUUAGAAUAUUGUGAUAUACAGACAAAACAUUUUAUCAGGAAAUUUAUAAACAGUUUCUGAAGUUUAAAAAAAAAAACGCAACAAAUGCUUGCAGCAGAAGUCAGUAUUAUAUUUUUAAAAUAAUUAGGUUGCUGUCUUGAAAUUAUUGAAUCUCUGUCAAAAUCUUGCCAAGGUUGACUUAGCCUUUUCUUGUCAGAGGAUUGAUUGUAUAAUUAGUAAGUGUACUGGACUCAGUUUGAUUUUACUUAUUGUAUAUACAUCACUGCAUGAAAUUACUACUACUACUACUACUAUUAUUAUUAUUAUUAUUAUUUGUCUUUGGUAUAGAAACCUUAUAUCAUUAGCACUCCAGAAAUUUCGGGUAAAAAACCCCAUCACCAAUAGCAAUAAACAUUAUUGAUAGUGGUCACAGCACCAAUACAACCAUAGUUGCUACAAAUAAAUUUGUGACUGAGAAGAUUGCUUGAACAGUCACUCUCCAACUGACAGCUACCAACACUAACAACAACAACAACAACAACAAUCAUCAGCAACAAGAGCUUAAACAACUUUACCAAGGAGCAUCCAUUACUUUGUGCAAAAGUAAAGGAGUCUGCUCUCAUAUUUGCACCAUGGAAAAGCAGGUAGUGAAGGUGAAGGUGAUGCAUGUGCCACCAGAAAUUGAAAUCCUGUGGUUAGUGGCGGCAGUGUUGCCCGAAGGAGGGGAGAUUCUGGAAUUGAAUCGAUAUCCUCGAACAAUUUGGGGGUUUGGUAUGGAACUACAUAUGCGGAUCACACAGGAGGAACUGGAAAAUCUUCCCGAGCGGAUAAUUCUGUCAACUGGACCCGAAUUAGAUGUUGAGGUGGAAGUAAUAUUUCCAAAGGUUCAGAAUGGUGGGUAAUGUCAAUUUUAAAGGAGCCCAUUGCCUGCAGCAAAAAAAAAGAGAGAGAGAAGGCCCAUGUUGGCUGUCAGCACCAACUACAACAAUAAAUUCAACAACAACUGUUAACUAAACCAUAGCUGGAAUAUCUUAAAAGGAUUUAACCAUCAUAGACCCAAGAAACCUUACUGGUAUGUCCUCUCCCUUGAAACAGCUCCAGCAUGAACAUUACAUACACACACAAAAACAAAAACACAUCUAUGUUUUUACUUAACUCCAACAUCUUACCAAGCAAAGUAAAGGUGUUAGAGGGAGUGGGGUGGGGUUUGUAGAUCAAUGGUGUCUAAGAAUGAAAGAACGGACAUAGUUGAUCAUUGCUCAUGACCUGCAAAACUUGACUUGUGGUGGGAGAGAGAGAGAGAGAGAGAGAGAGAAAGAGAAAGGAACCAAAGAACCUACCAAUAGCUACCCCACAAUUACAAUUAUCUACAUUAUUUACAUUUGACAGAUAUUUGUCCUCAUCUUGUUUGUUAAAUGUAAAUAAUGUACAUAAUUCCUCAUCUCUUAAAUAUAGAACUGUACAAUUACAAAAGCCUAAACAAGAAUAACAGGUUAGUGUGGCCUAGGGUUAUGGGCCCUCACUGAACAUUUGGCCGUUUGUAGGACAGAAACGGCAACUGAAAGAGGGGCAUUUGCCUUUGAUAAUUGGUAGGAAUUCUUAGACCUGUAGAAUUCCUUGAUUGGUUAUAGUUGCCAUUGAGACAACCAUUGUUUCUGUAUUGCAUGUUAUUUCAUCAGGUCUUUGUCUCUCAUUCUAUGUAAAUCCCUGUUGUUUUCUUAUCCAUUUUUGUAAUGUACCCCCAUUCAUCAUCCUUGUUUGAAUAAAGAAAUUGUUAUUAUUACA